AUGGGUAGCCUGGACGACAUACUCAAGCAAGCACUUGCAGUGCAGUCCCGUGCGCACCGUUCCUGGUUGCACACGAAGCCAGAGCUGGAAGAUGGGGGUCUUACGAUGACAGUGCUGGGCUGCGGGACCAUGGGCACUGCGGUACUUGGAGGCAUACUACAAUCUUUGCAAAGCCACAGCGAAGAAUCUGCGGCUGCAUCAUACACCACGACCAGUACCGAGCCCACGCCUCAACGACUGCCCUCGAAGUUUCAUGCUUGCGUGCAUAGCGCACACGGUGCAGAAAGAGUCAAAGCAGCAUUGAGCAAAUACAAUGCAAGGCUCAAGAUACACGAGGAUGGAAAUCUACAAGCUGUGCAAGAUGCGGACAUCGUGCUUCUGGCCUGCGAGACCAACGUGGUGGCCAGGAUCCUCGAGCUGGAGGGUAUGCGCGAAGCACUCGCCGGCACUCUGUUGAUCAGCAUAUGUGCUGGCCUGUCUGAGAGUUCACUUUGCGAUAACAUAUACGGUAGGAGCCCUACUCCUGCUUCUCCCGCAGACGUCAAGGCCUGCAGAAUCGUCCGUGCCAUGCCCAAUGCCGCGGCAGCCAUUCGCGAGAGCAUGACUGUCAUUGCUAUUCCAAAUCCACCCCUUGAUGCUGACAGAGAUGCUCUCUUGACCUGGAUCUUUACUCGCAUUGGCCGUGUUGUUCGCUUGCCUGCCGAUAAUAUGGACGCAUGCACCGCGCUUUGCGGGUCAGGAACCGCCUUUGCAGCGGUCGUUGUAGAGGCUAUGGCUGCUGGCGCGAUCAGCAUGGGCAUUCCGAGGGAGCAAGCUUACACGAUGGCUUCGCAGACUGUCAGAGGUGCUACUGGCUUGAUGCUUCGUGGUGAGCAUCCUGCUGUGCUCAGAGACAAAAUGUCCACACCAGGUGGGUGUACGACGAUGGGGCUUUCUGUGCUCGAGGAAGGUGGUGCCCGAGGCACGAUCGCGAAAGCUGUACGGGAUACUACGAUAGCCUGUGGACGAUGA